AUGGCGUGGUGCGGCGACUCAAGGAGCUUCCAUUUGCCGGCAAUCGAUGUCGGCGCGCUACGUAAUCGGGCCCCACAGACGGCGGCUUUCGGCUGCGUGUCAUUUGCUGGCGCUAACCUCCGCCGCCCUUCGUCAUCUAGAUCAGCCCCGCAACUGUUUGCUUCCUUGAGCAUUUCUACUGAUGCCACUUCCGGCAUAAAGGAAGCCGUUCAGACCGAAAAGGCUCCAGCAGCAUUGGGGCCAUAUUCUCAAGCAAUCAAAGCAAAUAAUAUGAUUUUCGUGUCUGGGGUUCUUGGACUAAUUCCAGAGACUGGAAAAUUUGUCUCGGAUAACGUAGAAGAUCAAACUGAGCAGGUUCUUAAGAAUAUGGGUGAGAUACUUAAAGCGAGUGGUGCCAGCUAUUCCUCAGUGGUCAAGACAACAAUCAUGUUGGCUGAUCUGGGAGACUUCAAGAAAGUGAAUGAGAUCUAUGCUAAAUAUUUUCCAUCGCCUGCUCCAGCUCGUUCAACUUACCAGGUGGCAGCACUACCAAUGGAUGCAAAGAUUGAAAUUGAUUUCCGUGUGUCUUCGUUGUCUAGAUUUCUUAAGAAAUUUCAUCAUCGUCGCAGGAAAGUUGACUUCAAUAUGGAGAAUUCUGGGAUGGGUUCUCUUAUGCGGAACCGAAGGUUUGAGAGCUAUGUUGAUGCUAGUUCUGCAAGGCCAGCAGCGCCACGGCCGAAACCGGUGGCGAAGGUGGUGGAGCAGCCACCGCAGAGGGCGGAAUCCGAUGAGUACGCAGCCGACGAUGAUGGGUGGUUUUCUUUUUUGAUUUCUUGGAUCAGAAUUGUUGUAUGUUUUGUAUCAAUGAUGUUUACAACAUUCAUAUGGGCUUUGAUCAUGCUGGUGCUUCUGCCAUGGCCUUACCAGAGAAUUAGGCAGGGCAAUAUCUAUGGACAUGUCACUGGUAAAAUGCUGAUGCGGAUUUUGGGGAAUCCAUUAAAGAUUGAAGGUGCUGAAUAUUCCAAUGAAAGGGCGAUUUAUAUAAGUAACCACGCUUCUCCCAUCGACAUCUUUCUUGUAAUGUGGUUGACUCCAACUGGCACAGUCGGCAUUGCGAAGAAAGAGAUCAUAUUUUAUCCAUUGUUUGGACAACUCUAUGUUUUAGCUAACCAUCUUCGUAUAGAUCGGUCCAAUCCAACUGCAGCUAUAGAGUCGAUGAAAGAGGCGGCUAAGGCAGUUGUAAAGAACAAUCUAUCUUUGAUCAUUUUCCCGGAGGGCACGAGGUCUAAGAGUGGACACUUGUUACCUUUUAAGAAGGGUUUUGUUCAUUUGGCAUUGCAAACACGCCGGCCUAUAGUUCCAAUCGUGUUGACGGGCACAAAUCGAGCAUGGAGAAAGGGCAGCUUGCACAUUAGGCCGACGCCUAUAAGCGUUAAAUAUCUUCCACCAAUUACAACCGACGACUGGACAGCAGACAAAGUCGAAGACUAUGUAGAGCUUGUUCAUGAUGUUUAUGUUAAAAAUCUACCAGAAUCUCAAAGGCCUCAAGCAUGA